GGCGGCGGGUGGGGGGCGCUGCGGGGCUGGUGUGCGAGCGCGCGGAAGGGGGAGGAGCGGCGUCGGCAGGGAGUCAAGUGGCCACACGGUGUUGCCGGUCCGUCCGGGCAAUCGCUCCCAUCUCCGCUGCACCGCCGCGCAGCGAGCAGCCGACAAGAGACGCGCUCCGACCAAGUCCCCGCCACCGCUUCCACUUCGGCGACGAGCGCCGCGGCGCGCGGACAGGCCACCGACCGACUGUUGUCCCUGCCGCUGCGACAUGCGACCACAGCCUCCGCGGGGAUAAGACGCGACGUCCACACACGCCCGGAGAGAGAGAGACAGAGAGAGAGAGAGAGAGAGACAGAGAGAGAGACAGAGAGAGAGAGAGAGACAGACAGAGAGAGAGAGGACGCCGCCGGGGGGACAGGAGCAGCGUGCGGCCGGGUGUAGACGGCAAUACUCAAAAGAUCUAAUUUGUCUGUGAUGAGCAUCCCCAUCCACCGGAGACCAAAGGUACGUGCUGAGUAUACAGUCCUCCCUUCAUCUCCAAAGCACUCCCUGACACAGAAUAACUGCUGAGGCCUGCCCCCGUUGUUCCCUCUGAGAGGAAGAGGAAGUGAUGUCACGCCACCACCACCGCUUUGAGAGGGACUAUCGGGGACCCUGGGAGCGGAGAGACGUCCGUCCAUCUGGCCUCCACAAUGGAGGAGCCAAUCAUAGCUGUGCCUCUGCCGUCGUCAAUGGCAACAACCGCCCGGGACUCCUUCCCCUCCCCGUCAUCCCCUCCCUCCUCCCCACCCCGGUUACAGUUGCCGUGACAACAUCCAGCAGCGACAUAGCGGUCAAGCGAUGCAUCGCGGGAUCGGUGGCUCCGGCGUCGGCCAAGGUCGCUGGUCUGUCACCUGGAGACAGCCAAGCCCCGGGACUGCUGCUGGCUCCUGGGGUGAGGUGGGGACAGACGCCCAUCAACCAGCUCACACCGUGGGAUACCGAUGAGCCCCCUGCCAAGCAACAUCGAGACAGCGAGCCCACCGGUCCUGGCAGCUGGGCUGCACCAAUAGCGGCGGUGAGCCAGCCCAGCCUCCUGCCCCACACCUACGCCCUCCCUCAACCGCCGUCCUUCAACCACAGUGUGACUGCGCAGUCACCGAUCAUCGGAGUAACCCCAUCCAUCCAGACGCCAGUGCCCCCGCAACACCCGCUCAUGACCGCCCACUUCCAGCUGACGCCUCAUUCGACGCAGCAGCCACCCUCCAUGGUGCUGACCAUGCCCAGCCAGCCUCACUACCCUUCAGCUCAGCCCACUGCCCAGGCCAACCACGUGGUCCAUCCGAGCCCUCACAGCGUAAUGGGCAACGGCCACCUAACCUCUCACCCCAGCCUCCUCCAGCACCCCGCACUGCCUCUGACCAAUGGACAGGCCGCAGUAGCAGCGCAGGCCCAACCAACGGCCGCAGACAAUCAGGACGGUCCUAACGGGCUGCAAAUGCUCCGGACGGUGGGAAUGGGAAAGUACGAGUUCAGUGACCCGGGACAUCCGAAAGAGAUGUUGAAGGAGUUGAACCAACAGCGCAGAGCGAAAGAGUUUACAGACCUGAAAAUAAUUGUUGAAGGCAAAGAGUUUGAAGUCCACCAAAAUGUUCUAGCUUCCUGCAGCUUGUAUUUCAAGGACCUGGUGAAAAGGUCAUCGGGGGAGACGCGGGGGAGCGGGGAGAUGCUGCAGCUGAACAUGAGCAACAUCGGCGCUGACGUGCUGGAGCUGCUGCUCGAGUUCGUCUACACGGGAUCGCUGGUCAUCGACUCGGCCAACGCCAAGACGCUGCUGGAGGCCGCCAACAAGUUCCAGUUCAACACCUUCUGUAAAGUCUGCGUGUCCUUCUUAGAGAAACAGUUGACUGCAGCGAACUGCCUGGGAGUGCUGGCCAUGGCUGAAGCCAUGAGUUGCACAGAGCUCCACAACAUGGCCAAAGCGUUUGCACUGCAGAACUUCCCCGAGGUGGCAGGGCAGGAGGAGAUUCUGAGCGUUUCCAAGGAGGACCUGGUGGCCUAUCUGUCCAACGACAGUCUCAACACAAAGGCCGAGGAGCUGGUCUAUGAGACGAUCAUCAAAUGGAUCAAACAGGACCCCAACUCCAGAGAACAGCAUCUGUCAGAGCUGUUGGCCGUGGUGCGCCUUCCCUUCAUCCACCCGUCCUACCUGCUGAACGUGGUGGACAACGAGGAGCUGAUCAAGACGUCGGAGGCGUGUCGUGAUCUGGUCAACGAAGCCAAGCGGUACCACAUGCUGCCCCACGCGCGGCAAGAGAUGCAGACGCCCAGGUCCCGGCCAAGACUUUCUGCAGGUGUAGCCGAGGUCAUAGUUUUGGUGGGAGGGCGUCAGUCGAUCGGGAUGAACCAACGCUCCCUGACAGCAGUCACCUGUUUUAACCCCCAGAACAGUAAGUGGUACCCGCUGGCCAGCCUGCCUUUCUACGACCGCGAGUUCUUCAGUGUCAUCUCGGCGGGAGACAACAUCUACCUGUCAGGUGGUACCGAGUCGGGUGUGAUGGUGGCCGAUGUGUGGUGCUACAUGUCCCUGUUGGACAACUGGAAUCUGGUGUCGCGGAUGACUGUGGCCCGCUGCAAACACAACAGUCUGGUGUACGAUGGCAAACUCUACACCAUUGGAGGCCUGGGUGUAUCAGGGAACCUGGACCACGUGGAGAGGUACGACACCAUCACCAACCAAUGGGAGACGGUGUCUCCUCUGCCAAAGCCGGUCCACUCCGCAGCGGCCACAGUGUGUGGGGGGAAGGUGUUCGUGUUCGGAGGCGUGAACGAGGCCGGGCGCUCGGCCGGCGUCCUCCAGUCCUACGUGCCGCAGAGCAACACCUGGAGCUUCAUUGAAUCCCCCAUGAUAGAUAACAAAUACGCCCCUGCAGUGAGUCUGAACGGCUUUAUUUUCAUCCUGGGAGGAGCCUACGCUCGAGCUACCACUAUCUAUGACCCAGACAAAGGCAACAUCAAGGCUGGUCCCAACAUGAAUCACUCUCGGCAGUUCUGCAGUGCCGUGAUCCUGGACGGAAAGAUCUACGCCACGGGGGGAAUCGUGAGCAGCGAGGGUCCGGCCCUGGGCAACAUGGAGACCUUUGACCCUUGCACCAACACCUGGGCGCUGCUGCAGUCGCUGCCCUGCCCGCUCUUCAGACACGGCUGCGUGGUCAUCAAAAAGUACAUCCAAAGCGGCUGAGGGCAGCAGGCGCCCGAUCACAGCGGGUCCGACACCAAACACCAGCUGAGCACCGGUUGUGGGACGAUGUGCGACGGCGGCUUGGGUCCAGUCGGUCGGCCGGUCGACGACCUCUGGACUUGACGCCAGCAUCCGUCCACCCGGUUACCCGUCCCACCCCCACCCCCCAAAAGCCCUGUGCAGAAUGUACUCAUGUUCAACUACUCGGCCAUGUCAGGUGGCGAUGCCUAAACCUUCAGUACUGUACGUGUCAUGGUAGUAGUUCAUCCUCUCAUCCAACAGGCACAGGGACCCUCUUAGUAAUCUACAAGCUCCUUCUUUUGUUCUGUCGUUUCCAGAUCUAGGUGAACUCACCACCUCCCCGUGUCAGGUCCAGAUUCUUGUCCCUUUGAGUAAAUUGUGUUUAGACUUUAUAGUCAUUCACCCAAGCGCCGUUUCUUUGUGGUCUAUGAACAUUCUUCAAGUAGUAACAUCUACAGGACAGGAGGAAAAGUGAAGGAAAGGAAUGUGACUCUUCCUUUUGAUUUGACGCGUUCCCUCUCUCUCCCUCCAAUAUGUCAGCUAACAAAAUUCCCACAGCGAGUGUGAAUUCAUAAGUUGAAUUUCUUUUAAUCCAUAAAAUCUAGGGCAGGUAGUGUUUCAAAAGAGAAAAUCUUCAUUUUCUCUGUCUUUGGCAAUUCCAACCUGAUGUGGGGAAAAGAGAACGGAUCGAGAGGGAAGGGAUUUCUCCUUUCCACCGACGUCUGAUCAGACGUUCCAGUCGGGACAGUUCCUCCGGAUAAAAGCACAAUAUUCACCUGUGACUGUUACCAUAAAAGAUAUGUUGACCCAUUUUUUUUCCAUCCGUUCACCUGUUUCUCCUCCCACCAUCUUUUUGUUUUGUACAAUGUGUUUCAUUGCAACCCACAAAAGAUGUUGGGUUGGUAUUCUGUAAAUACAGGAAGGAAAUAUGUAUAUUUUAAAAACCUGAAGGCAAUUCUGUAUAAAUGUUUUUAGAAAAAAAAUCCGAUAGGUUGGACUCAAAUGGUAUGUCUGUAAAUCUGUACCCAAAAAGAAGAAAUUAACAAUUGUUAUUGAAACCUAAUACAUAAACCAGAACAAUG